AGCAGAAGCAAAAUGGUCAAGUUGUUCCAACCUUUUUGUAUUUUCCUCAUCCUUCUUGCAUUCAUCUCAGGAAAAACAUUACCGGUACUGGUGAAUGGUGCACAAUGUGAAGAAGAUAUGGGCCCUUGUGAUGACCGUUGCAAUUCAAAGCAUUCGAAUGGGAAACGAUGUUCAUGUGACAUGUCUUCAACUGUGGCAAGAUGCAAAUGUAUGUAUGACUGCGAUGAUUUAUCACCACCGAAACAGAAAAGAUGCAAUGCGGGGAUUGGACCCUGCAGUGCUGCUUGCAAUGAUCUAUGCUGUGACCAAAAUUGUGCAGCUAAAUUCAAGGGGCAUCAAGAUGGUCAUGGCAAUUGCAGUAGGCCUGGACCACUUGUUUAUAAUCAGUGUAUUUGCUAUUUUAAUUGUUAGAAAUAUAUAAAGAAUUGUA